UGGCUUUAAACGUGUAAUUGUUUUUUAAAAAAUGGAAAAAAAUCUAAUUUAGACUUAGGGACCCACAUUUAUAAUCCCUCCACUCUGGAGGCUGAGGCAGAAGGAUCUCAAGUUAAGAGAACAGCCUGUUAAAAAUACACAUACUACCGCCACCAAAAAAGAAAUUUCUGUAGUGCAAAGUUGUAUUAGUUGCUCUUCUGUUGCUGUGAUAGAAUACUCUGACAAAGAACAACUUGGGGAAGAAAGGGUUUGUCUGGACUUGCAGUUAUAGCAGGGAUGCUUUAGUCCAUCGUGGCAGGGAAGGCACAGCAGUGGAAGGCUGAGGCCAAUCUGUUAGUCAGGGAGCUGAGUGAUCGAUCACACGUCAUCCGCACACAGAAGCAGAGAAUGGAAAGUAGAGCUAAGCUAUCCACCUUGAAACCGGUCCUGGGUUUGCAGUUCUUUCAGCAAGGCCUCACCUCUUCAAGGUUCUGUAACUUCCCAGACAGUACCAUCAACUAAGGACCAAGUGCUCAAACACAACGUACGUUUAUUUAUUUAUUUUUUUACGAGACAGGGUUUCUCUGUGUAGUUUUUGGUGCCUCCUGGAACUCGCUCUGUAGACCAGGCUGGCCUUGAACUCACACAGAUCCACCUGGCUCUGCCUCCCUAGUGCUGAGAUUAAAGGUGCGCCACCACCACCCAGCUAUUUGUUUUUAUAAUAUUUUAUUUUAUGUGUAUAGGUAUUUUGUCUGCAUUUAUGUCUGCACUAUAUGCAUACAGUGCCUCCAGAGGCCAGAAGAGGGUGUCUGUUGGAUAACGUAGAAACUAAGUUAUAGAUGGUCAUGAGCCCAGCUAUUUGUUUUUAUAAGAUUUUAUUUUAUGUGUGUAGGUAUAUUGUCUGCAUUUAUGUCUGCACUAUAUGCAUACAGUGCCUCCAGAGGCCAGAAGAGGGUGUCUGUUGGAUAACGUGGAAACUAAGUUAUAGAUGGUCAUGAGCCAUCAUAUAGGUGCUGGGAGUAGAAUCAGAGUCCCCAUCUCUAGCUCCAAGUCGAACAGAAGUUUAAAAAGCAUUUGCCUGGCAUGGUGUCACAUACCUUACAAUCCCAGCACCUGGAAAGCAGAGGCUGGCCUGGUUUACCCAGUGAAUUCCAGGCUAGCCAGGACUACUUAGUGAGACCCUGGUUCAAAAACAACAUAACCCUGAAUAUUCUUACCAGAAGCAAAAUAAUUGUUUUAUGUUUGUGUGUUAUGUGCAUGUGUGUGUGUAUAUGUAUGGAGGUCAGAGGCUGAUGUCUGGUACUUGCUCAUUUGCUUUCCACUUUAAUUAUUGAGGCAGGAUCUCAGUUGAGUCCAGAGCUAGCCUGAUCCAGGGAUCCCCUAUCUUUACCUCCCAAGCUCUAGCGUUUAUAUGGGUAGUAAGGAUUUAACUGCAAAGAUUUAACCUGCUGAACCAUUAUUGCCCUGGCCUCAUGAAAUAUUCUUUUAUUUUUUAGACUUAUGUUCUCUGUGUAUUACCUGCAUUUAUGUAUGUUCAUGCCUGGUGCUCUUGGGGGUCAGACUAGGGCAUUGGAUUUCCUGGAACUUAAGUUAUAGAUGGUUUUGAUCCACCAUGUAAGUACUGGGAAUUGAGCCUGGAUCAUCUGAAAGCAGCCAGUGUUCUUAACCACUGAGCCAUUUCUCUGGCCUCUCUUGAUAUUAUUUGUACUUUGGUGGUAAGCUCCUUUCCUUCACUAUGAGAUAGAUGAUAAAACUUGAGGGGUGGCAUGGGCAGGAACAGCUGCUUACUUUCCUGGGCAUGGUCUUAUAGGAAAAAAAGAAGCUAUUGGCAUUAGGUCUAAUUUUUUUAUAUGAAGUUGCAAAAGAACUUGAGACUCUGCAUUCCUCUCGUCACUUCUCUUUCACUUAGGUUUGCGUGGGAUGUGUUGGGAGCUGGGCACGCUGUGGCCAGCUCACUUGUCCAGGCAUGUUCUCUCCCCUGAGAUCUCCUGCAUGAGUAUAAGGAGGAUGGAGUUGAUGGGUGUGGCCUCUGGAGACUGGCGAAUGGCUUUUCUCUGGUCUGUAGUUCUAAUGGGAGCUCCGGUCAUUUCAGCUUGAUUAUUUCCAGUUUGGGACAACUGACACGAUGUUUGCUAGAGGGCUGAAGAGGAAAUACGGUGACCAGGAGGAGGUAGUAGAGGGUUUUGGCACUGUCCCCUCCUAUAGCCUGCAGCGGCAGUCACUCCUGGACAUGUCCCUGGUCAAGCUCCAGCUCUGCCACAUGCUAGUGGAGCCCAACCUCUGCCGCUCAGUCCUCAUUGCCAACACAGUCCGUCAGAUCCAGGAGGAAAUGAGUCGGGAUGGUGUGUGGCAUGGGAUGGCACCCCAGAAUGUAGAACGGGCACCAAUUGACCGCCUAGUCUCCACAGAGAUCCUGUGUCGUACAGCCAGGGGAGCUGACGAGGAGCACCCCACUCCUGAACUGGAAGAUGGUCCCCUGCAAAGCUCAGCUUCCGAGCUUCCCAUAGUCAGCUCAGCACAGGGGCAAAGGAACCCUCAGAGCAGCCUCUGGGAGAUGGACAACCCCCAAGAAAACCGGGGAAGCUUUCAGAAGUCACUGGACCAGAUAUUUGAGACCCUGGAGAACAAAAACCCCAGUUCAGUGGAGGAACUCUUCUCAGAUGUGGACAGUUCCUACUAUGACCUGGACACGGUGCUAACAGGAAUGAUGAGUGGUACCAAGCCCAGUCUCUGCAAUGGCCUUGAGGGCUUUGCUGCAGCUGCCCCACCUCCCAGCUCUACUUGCAAGUCUGACCUGGCUGAGCUGGACCAUGUAGUAGAGAUUCUGGUGGAGACUUGAGAAGAGGCCCCUAGUGGGCCAAGGACAAGGCCACACACCUCACGGAGCUCACACGUACUAUGAUCCAGAGACAGACAAGCACUUGACCCGAAGUGGGCUCUGACUCUCUGACUCUGAAAAUAUCCUGGGACAGGUUUUCCUCUGCAAGGCUGCAGCCCUGGAGCUGCCUCAGGGCUAUAUAUACCCUGAGGACAGAGCAAGCCAUUGCCAGGAGCUGAGCUCUCUGAAGGCUUUUGGGCCCUGGGUUCAUUUUCCUGUUUGUGGGAAUCACUGUGGAGGAUGGUGUGCCACAGUUGUGUCUAGUCCAUUUUAAAUUAGGUAGGCGAACUUUCUAAAAUUAAGUUUUAUAUGUUUUGGGCAAUAUUUUGUCUUAAGAUAUAUUUUUUAAACUUUUUAUACUUUAGAUUUUUUUCAGCUAUUUUCUUAAAAGUAUAUUUUUUCUACAAACAUCCUUUGCUGCUACAUUAGAAACAUUUAUAACCUAAAUAAUUACAAUUGGUGUGUGUCAUUUUUAAGGUUUAAAUAGAAAGUAUUUUUUUGGUGAUGAGUCUCUACAAUCCCAAGGCAACAGUGUAAAUGUAGCUGGUCAGGUGUUUACAUGAGAGGCUCCAUCGUGGUCUGCAUUCCAGUAGUGUGCCUGAAAUGAGAACCAUGCACAGCUCCAUUGCCCCCUCACUGGGUCUGUUCUGCAAGUGCUGUCUUCCUGGGCUUCAUGCAGGAGAGUUUUAUUUAUGCCUAUUUAUAUGUAAAUGCCACUGAAGGCUAAGAUCAGAUGUCUGGAAAGUACACCACCAGUUCUGUCUCAGGCAGUGCCUUAUGUAGGUCUUGUCCCUGGCCAUUUUCUGGUUCCCAGCACAGCACUGUGUGUGACAGGAAGACAUGACAUCCUAACACACUCACCGCCUCCCGUUCCAUGUCAAGUGUGUACAUGGAGGCUGCUGGGUACCAGGCAUGGUUGUGUGUACACUUGGAAAGGGUGUGUACCCUCACCCAUGUCCUCAGUAGGGAACACCCGUGCUUGCUUGCUUCUGAAUGGUGCUCGAACAUCUUAAGGUUAAAAACAACCUGAGUUCAUAUAAUUUUAGGGCCCCUUCCUCCUGGGGUGGCCCCUAUGCUGUCUGCUUGGAUCUCAAGGGUCUGCUACUUGAUCAUGUGUCAGACUCCUCUCCCCUGCAUGUUUUUCUGUUUCUCAUGUGCUUUUUUGGAUUUCCCCACCUGAGCCUAAGAGGUUUUUUUUGUUGCUGUUUUUUUUUUUUUUUCUGUUUGUAUUAACUAUACUUUAAUGUCAACAAUGUAAACCUAUUAAAAGUAUCCAGCAAAUGGAAUGUGUUACGAACUUUCUUCCCUCCUAGCCCUUCUACUGAGUUUGCUUUCAGUGGUUUCAGCAUCUUAUAUGCUUUGUAAUGUCGGCAAAGAACUUUUUUGUGCUCAAUAGGCAAUGGGUUUAAUUUUCCUGACCUCAUGGCUCCCAAGGCAAAAUUCUCCCUUACCUUUCAGCCCCUCCUGCCUUCCUGGGCCUAAGGACUCUAAGUAAGCUGUAGGAACAGACUGGCUGAGCCCCGGUCUAUGACAAUGAUAUUGUGUCCUUACAAAAGCUAGUUGAAAGGGUGUGUUUUACUAAAUAAACCUGAAGCAGGCUUUUUCUUUUA